UUUGUGUUGUCCGAGUCACACGUAUCCAUAUUUGCGCAAAGUUCGAAGAAAUGGGGAAAAGAAAACGAGCUGAAAGUGAUAUGGUAAAUAGAAUAUUUAAAAAGUUAGUGAAAAGAAGAAAAAGAAUUAUUUCAUCAUCGUCAUCGUCCGAAGACUCGUCGAAUCAAGAUAGUUUGUUAUCACCCACGACAGAAGCUUCAGCUGGUGACCGAGAAAUUCAAGACGAAGUCCCAUUUGAGCUACCAAUGGAAGGCCAGCUAAUAGAGGAAAAUGACGAGUUGGAUCCAGAGAUAUUGCAACUAUUGGGCUCAGACCCGACACAAGACAAAUCUUUUGGAGAAAACAUACACAAAGAUUUAGCUUCACGAUGGAAACAUAUUUUGACUAACGGGUUGCUUAAGGAAGAGAAAAUUGAUCUCCUAAAACGAUACCUACCACCUGAAAACUGUUUAUAUAUGAAAGCACCUAUUCUAAACUCUGAAAUAAAAUCUGCAUUAUCCGAGAUUAACGUUAAGAGGGAUGUUUAUAGUGAACAAAAGCAAAAUCAAAUGUCAAGCUGUAUCUCUGCCAUCGGCAAAGCACUGAACUUGAUCUUAGCUCAAAAAGAAAGUUCUCAAGAAGUUAUAAAAACUUUGAGUGACGCCGGGCGAUUGCUAUGCGACACUCACUACAGAGAAUCCCUCUCUAGACGCUUUGCAAUUGUCAACUGUAUUAGUAAACAAAAAAGAGACGUAAUUAAAAAUACAAAAAUAGAUAACUAUUUGUUUGGUUCAAAUUUGUCUGAACACUUAAAGUCAUCAAAAGCUAUAUCAACUUCCGCAUCAGAGUUGAGAUUUAACAGCGCUAAAACGAAUCAGCUUCGCUCACAACCGAUCUACUCGGCUCGCAACCCGGUUACUUUAAACGCACGGGGGGCACCGCGAGCACCAGCUGCCGAGACGCGAGUGUACCCGGGCCAGCAUCGGCAGCCGCCGGCGCGAGCGCCAGCGCCCGCGCCGCGCGACUACCGACGUGCGCCGCCUCCGCCGACGACUCACCGCUCGAGAUACUACGCGUCAAGUCGCCGACGCUAAUUCCUUCGCAACAGGUACACAACGCAGUGACGUAUAAACCUACAGCCGGCAGA